UCUCUGACCCGCGAGGUGCGGCAAGCGAGGGGAGAAGCGCAGCUUCGUACAGCAGCAGCAGGCUGCGCGCCGUGGAAGCAGGUGUAAUAGUAACAGGGCAGGGCAGGCCCCUGAAAAGAGGACCGAGCUUCUGGGCACCUGGCAGGAGAAGGAAGGUUCCGGGGAUCGUGUGAAGCGGCAUUGCUGCCAAGGAUUUAACCCGAUCUGGGAUAUAUUACUCGAUGGCUUGGAACGGCAGGAUGAUGAGCGCGUAGCGCCGGAAGGCAUGCCCCAAACACUGAGCUCCACCACCAUGUUCACUCCUUGUGGCUUCAGCCCUCAUCACCUCCAUCCAUCCAAAGAAGAUGAUGAAGGAGGGCUGAUCUUUCAAGAUGGAAACCUCACCUCAGCAUCUCUUGAUGCUUUAAUCCAACAUCUUGUUCCAACAACUGACUACUACCCUGAGAAGGCAUAUAUCUUUACAUUCCUACUGAGCUCAAGACUCUUCAUUGAGCCUCCUGAACUUCUGUCCCGAGUUUGUCACAAGUGCAUCGAGCAGCAGCAGCUGGAUGACCCAGUGCUGGAUAAGGCACGAAUCAGAAAAUUUGGGCCCAAAAUUCUACAGCUAUUGACGGAAUGGACAGAAACAUUUCCAUAUGAUUUCCAGGAAGAAAAGAUGAUUGGCUGUUUAAAAGACAUUAUCCACCGGAUAGCUCCAUGUGAUGAGGCUUAUUGGAAAAAGAUGAAUCAGCUUCUGCAAACUCUGAAUCAGAAGCUUGCAACUCUUAACCAUGGACAGGAAGGGAUAGUUAAGAUCAACCCAGCUGUCUCAGACAAAGUGGUUGAUUUUAAAAGUAAGCCUCCAUCCAUUCAAAGAGAAAUGUUGAGUGUCUGCAGUGAUCCCUACACCUUAGCCCAACAGCUAACACAUGUGGAACUGGAAAGACUGAGUCACAUAGGCCCUGAAGAAUUUGUUCAAGCAUUUGUCCAUAAAGAUCCUUUGGAAAGCACAAAGCCUUGCUUCAGUGAACAGAAAAAGACUAGUAACCUUGAGGCCUAUGUAAAAUGGUUCAAUAGACUCUGCUAUCUUGUAGCAACAGAAAUUUGCAUGCCUGCAAAAAAGAAGCAGAGAGCACAAGUCAUUGAGUUUUUCAUUGAUGUUGCUCGUGAGUGCUUUAACAUAGGAAAUUUUAACUCGCUGAUGGCAAUCAUAUCUGGUAUGAACAUGAGUCCAGUGUCCAGAUUAAAGAAGACCUGGUCAAAAGUGAAAACAGCCAAAUUUUUUAUUCUUGAGCAUCAAAUGGACCCUACAGGUAAUUUUUAUAACUACAGAACUGCAUUGCGGGGAGCUGCCCAUCGGUCUCUAACAGCACACAGCAACAGGGAAAAGAUUGUGAUCCCGUUCUUCAGCCUAUUGAUCAAAGACAUUUACUUUUUGAAUGAAGGAUGCGCUAACCGCCUUCCAAAUGGGCAUGUCAACUUUGAAAAAUUCCUGGAACUAGCUAAGCAAGUAGGUGAAUUUAUAACGUGGAAACAAGUGGAAUGUCCAUUUGAGCGAGAUGAUAACAUCAUCCACUAUUUACAUACUGCACCCAUCUUUACUGAAGAUGGUUUAUAUCUGGCUUCCUAUGAAAGUGAAAGUCCAGAAAACCAAACUGAAAAAGAGAGGUGGAAAUCCUUGAGGACAACUAUCUUAGGAAAGACUUGAAGAUAAAGAUCUAUAACUUCAGUAGGACAAAAAAACAACAACAGCAAAACUACUUUGCACUACUGAUUCCAAAGAUGCCUGUUUGGGAUUUAGGAGAUUUUAUUCUUUAUUUUUGUGUGGAUUUUGGACUAUUUGUGGCUAACUGGAUUCCACUAGACUCGGAGGUGCCUUUUUACUGCACGCACAAUUAUGUUUUCUAGCUGCUCUCAACAGCAAAAGGCCAGUAGGUAGUUUCUUCAUGGCUGAACCAGAAUAGAGUCCUUAUGUCUCUAACCUUGUCUCUGAAGGAAGAGCAAAUGGCAAGGAGAGCCAUGGUGCUGCAAACACAAAACAGUCUUCACUGGAAAGGUACAGGGUGCGUAUCUCUGAAGCAGGGUGUAUUGGACGAUAACUCUCCAAGGGCUGUCAAAAGCAAAUUCUGCUUAACACAGCAUUAUCUGGUUAGUUGGUACAUAAAAUGAACCUUGGUUUUUUCUCCACAGCUUUCAGCUGAACAAUAUUCUGACAGGAAGAGAUAAAAGACUAAUACAAAGCCACAUCAGUAUGGAAAAAUCCAUGCAAACACUAUCUUUUUUUGAAAAAAAAUACAGAAACAUUUGAUCUGUGAAUAUUCAUUAUUUUUCCUUAUGUUUGGGGUGUAUGUCAUUUUUUUCUCCCUAACAGUCAACUGCUAAGGUGUCCUGAUUAAGUAAAUGGCUUUCAGUCUAACUUACCUCUAUAUAAAGCAUGUAGCAUAUUCUCUAGUUCUGUUGGCUGGUGAUUGAGAGAACAGUGUUCAAGGGGCCUUACCUCACUGACAAUUCAUGGAAGAUGAACCUGUUAAAGGCUCUCAGUUAUUUUCUUUUCCUUUUACUGCUCAUUUUAUCUUCAUGUCCAAGGCAAAUAAUAUUUGAGAGGGGGAAAUACUAGACAUUAGGGCUCUUUAUUUCCAGUUUAAGAGAACGGUUUUCACUCUAUGAAAUAUUGCACUAUAGUUAAAAAAAAGUCAACACACUGUUCAUCAGGUUGGUUUCUUAUCAUUGUUCUGUCUAUGGUCACAGCUUUCCAUCUCUGCGAACAGUUUGCCAUCUAUCAUGUCUAUCAUGGUGUUUGAUGGAGAUCAGGGAGCUGCUGAAUAAUAUAAUUGCUUACUUAUUCUACUGUAAUGUAAAACAGAUGUAUCAUUACUGUUUUUAAUAGUUUACAUAUGUGUAAAACAAAUGUAUAUCUCCUGUCACCAUAUAGAACAGCUAGGAGGAGAUGUGCAAACCUU